UGUUCUCAUCACAGCGCUGGAAAUCCCCCAUUAGGCACAUAAAAGCGCCCAGAACGCCAGUUCUACAUAUUAAAGCUCGAUCCGGAGCCGAACGAGGACUUUAAACUAUGUAGGCACGGCGGACAGGGUUUAAAUGGGCAAUCUGAUGGGCAGCUGGAGAUAUAAGGAGCCGAGCACAGUGGAAGAAUGCGACUCGACAUGGGAAACGGACUCGGAGAGCGACGAGCAUCAGCCGGGUGGAGAGGAGGAGGACAGCGGCAUCUCCGAAUCAAUGAGCCCGGCGGAUGCAGUCAGAGGAGCCGAACAGCUGGAUCACGGAUCACCGCAGUUUGGUGACAUGAUGGAGUCCUCUGCUAGGAUGAAAAGGAGCUUUUACGCCGCAAAGGACUUGUACAAGUAUCGGCACAGUUAUCCGAACUACAAGGAGCCUCGUCAGCCGAACGAAUACCGUAAUCUGAGGUUCUAUCUGAAUAAGAUCCCCUUGGUGCCGGAUGGUAUUUAUAUUGAAGAAAUCCUCACUAAAUGGAGGGGCGACUAUGAAAAAUUAGAGCACAAUCACACAUACAUUCAGUGGCUCUUCCCACUCAGAGAGCAAGGCCUAAAUUUUUAUGCUCAAGAACUCACUCAGGAUGAGAUAAAGGAAUUCCAAAGCACUCGAGAAGCCAAGAGACGCUUCCUCCUAGCAUAUACGAUCAUGCUGGAUUUCUUUGGAAUCAAGCUCCUGGAUAAAAAUGGGAAUGUGGCUCGGGCCCCAAACUGGCAAGAUCGUUUCCAGCACCUGAAUGAGUCGCAGCACAACUACCUGCGUAUUACUCGCAUUCUGAAGAGUCUUGGUGAACUGGGCUUUGAAAGCUUCAAGCUGCCUCUGGUGCGUCUGCUGUUGGAGGAGGCGUUGGUGGAAGGCACUUUACCCAACAUGCGUCACAGCGCACUGGAAUACUUCGUCUACACACUGCGCCAACACGCUCAGAGACGUGCCCUGCUCCGCUUCGCCCAGCGCCACUACCAGCCGCCCGAAAACUUCAUCUGGGGGCCACCCAAGAAAAAGCGCAUUCCAGCCUCUGCAUACACAGUGAUGAAGGCAGGAAAUAAUUAGGUGGUGGAGAAGAGUGUGGGCAAAGCCAGGUCACCUAGGGAGGGCAGAAAUAACUUAAUAGAGAGAGAGGUGGACGACAUGGAUGAGAGGAAGAGUGGAGAGUGGAAAACGGCAAAAGGGUCCAAGGUCCUGCAGGAGGGCAGGAGAAGGGUAGAUCUAGAAGAAUACAUUGAGACCAUUCCUCUGUAAGAAUAGAAAGAGAGGGAUUCUCGAGUAGCUUAAGCUGAGCUUAAAGUUAGGCGAAAGAAUGGCACAGCAAUAUUAUUCCAUACUAUUGCCUUUUAGAGACUUGCUUUGUGAACAACUUGACUAUUUGCCAUUUUGAUUUUUUUUCUCUUUUCUUUUUUAAUUAAUAUGAGGUGUUUUCUUAACUCUGAAUACUUUUCAAAGUGUUAGCGGAUGAAUUUCUCUACUGUAAUUCUUACUUGCAGCCCUCUGGAGAGUUCUUAGCACAUGUGCAAGUGUGAGUAUGUAUAAGUGCUACCUGAGCACGUUGUUUGUGUGAAAUAUUGCACUUUUUGACUAUUCAGUCUUCCCCUGUGAACGAAUAUUAUCUUAGUCUACAUGCUUUGAGAUGAGGCUUUUUUAAAUCAAUACCCUGCUAAAAAAACAGCUAAAACCAGCCUAAGUUAGCCUGGUUUUAGCUGGUCAUCCGGGCUGGUCUUAGCUGCUCAUAGCUGGUCAGCAGGCUGAUUUUAGAGGGGUUUUGACCACUUCCAGGCUGGUCUUGGCUGGUCAGGAUGGGAGACCAGCUGGAACAACUAGCUAAAACCUGCCUGACCAGCCUAGCUAAAACCAGCGACUUCCAGCUUAAACCAGCUAAGUCCAGCCAACCAGCCUAGUUUUUUUUCAGCAGGGAAGCCCAACUCUCAGACAGACAUUUUGCUGAUGAUUCUUGUAACGGAUACUCGUAGCUCCUUGUAACAGUCCUGCUAAAAAAAUUACAAUAGACACCAUCACAAAAUUUGUAAUGGUUUUACUGGUUAUAAUGGGGCUUGUAUUGGUUUUAAUGGAAACUGUAACGGACCCUGUGGGUUUCUACUGAUAAUUAGUCAUCUUCUAUUGGUGGAUUGUUAAAACCAUUUAAUCCUAAUAGAAUAUGUCCCAAAACACACUACAGAAAACCAUUUUAAAUGGUUAAAAAUGUAAUGUUUGUAAUAGUAGUUGUAGUGGAAACCAUUAGAAUUUCUGUGAUGGUUUCCAUUGUUUUGUUUUUCAGCAGGGAGAUCAUAAUAAUGUGAAGUGUGAAUAUACUUGCAGGAAUUUUCAGGUAAUUGAUCUUCCAUGUUUCUAUAGGUACGUGUGAGAUCUUAAUCCAGUUUUCUCAAAUACGUCUUGCAAUAUAAAGUGCCUCUUCUUUCGUUUGUUAAAGCAUACGUGACGUUCUUUAUCAUUUCGAGUCGGAAGUCGCGCAGUAGCCAAGCCGUUUGUGGAGACAUGCAGUUUUAAGCAAAAACAAACUUGAAUUUAGACUUUAUUGUGUUUUAUGUUUUUUUUUCUGAUAAAACAAAGCCUUAGCUCUCAUUUACUCAUUAAAAUAUAAAUUCAAACGAUAAAUGCCGUUCUGACGUUACCAAGUGUGGUGUGACGUACUGCUGUAACCGCCUCAUCAGUUCAAAUGACGGCACGGCGCAUUUAUCAAUCAUUACUUAGCGUAACUAGUUAAAGUACAUGAGAAGGUAUAUUAAAAAGUUUAUUACCCUAAGUCAGGGGUGCCCAACCCUGUUCCUGGAGAUCGACCUUCCUGCAGAGUUUAGUUCCAACCCUAAUCAAACACACCUGUCUGUAAUUGUCAAGUGCUCCUUCAGAUCCUAAUUAGUUGGUUCAGGUGUGUUUGGUCAUGGUUGGAGCUGAACUCUGCAGGAGGGUCGAUCUCCAGGGACAGGGUUGAGCACCCCUGCCCUAAGUAAUCGACGAAGUUUCAGCGGGGAAGACAUCAGUGAAACAGCUUGUGAACAACAUGGUAUGUAACUUACAUUUAGCUUACUUACAUCAUUUAGCAAACUAACUAGCAGGUAACAAUACAGGUUUGACAGCCACCGUUUAAAUGAUUAUCUAUAUCUCGAGAACGGUUUGAAAGAUAACCGUAAUAUCAUUAGAAAGUAGAGACUUAAUGGUUCAGUGUAUAUUACUCUGGACGACUCAAAGUGAUGGAGCAAUUCACAUAUGUAGCUAUGUGUGAGAGUGUAUGCUGCCUUUCUCUAAUCAUACUUACAGUGUAAAAGUGUGGACAAUCAGGGCUAUUGAUGGUCACUAUCCACAUAGAAUACAAAUAAAUUAGUGUUUUAUUAGCAAAUAUUAAUACAAAUAAAGCAUGUGUGUUAUGUGUAUUUGUUCCACACUGCGGUUUCAGAGUGUACCCAGAGGGCUAGACAAUACCAGUGCUAUGGGGUUAUGCAUUUUUAGUUUCUAACGGCUUCUUCCCUUCUUCCAUCUAACGGCCAUCUUCCCGUGUUUCUCUUGGAUUAAAUGCUGAAGGCUCUCUCAGUCUCUUUCUCUCAAUCAGCAUUUAGAUUGAGCACAAUUUUCUGUUUGUGGAAGAAAAGAGGGGUCACAUAAUUCUUGUGUCCAGAACCUGAAAACGUUGUGCUGUCUAUAAAGAUGCCUUCAUCUGGUCAGUUUUUGAAUUCAGCACAGAUAUGCACUGCAAUGUCCCACAAUCCUGUGCAUGUGGUAUGGCAGUUGGUGAAAAGAAAAGAAAUAAAGCAUCUGAUGGAGGGAUUGAAAGAAGUAUAUUUAUUCAUAAAUGUAUGUUGUUUUUACAUCUACUAAGAAAUAAGUAUUAAUAUCUGCCUGCUUAUCUCUUAAGCUCACUUGAAUUUUUUGAUUUUUAAAUGUGAAGUUAUAAUGCUUUGGAAGUCAGUCUGGAACCAGUUUUCUUUGGGAGGUACUUUUAUACAAAAAUAUUGCCUUUAAGUCAAAAUAGGCAGCGAAACUUAAGUUUCAGACUUUUGUCCUGUUGGGAAACAAAUAGCCAUCUUCUCUUCGUCCAUCUGAAGAACCUGUGGUUCUAAAAGACUGUUGAAUCCACAUUUCAGUAUUUCAGUGUUUCUCGUGCCAUAAUCGUGUGGAAACGGUUUGACUGGCGCCGCGCAAGGCGCUUUAAGUGUUUCUAACUUAUAACUUUUGUUGAGAAGUGUUCAUUUGUAAUCAAAGGAAAUGUAUGUGAGAUUUGGAAGUUCAUAUUUGGACGUUUCUAUUGUGGCCUACUGUAUAAUAAAGUGCAGCUCUUUGACGAAUUGUAAGUGUGAGUGCGUGUAAAUGUAGAUGCUGAAUUUUGAUGUUCUGUGAAUUUGACUGACACAACUGAGAUUUUGCAUCUUUUAAUUUCCCCCGUACAUUUAAUUCCAUUGAAUCCAGCUGAAUUCAUUUGCUAGUCAGAAGUAUGGUGGUGUUACUAUUAUGGUGUGUCAAAUAUAUAUUUAUGCACUUUGAGAAGAUACUGUAAAUGCAAUAUAAUUUCAACUCUUUGUAACAAAAACAAUUUUAAGAAUAAAAAAAACUCA